AUGUCGUUACGGCGCAGGUCUUGCAACGCCUGUUUCAAAGGCCGAAGAAAAUGCGAUCUGGAAUAUCCAGUCUGCGAAAACUGCAGGAGAACAAACAAAACCUGCCAGUAUGCAUACCCGCCUAGGCCACCACCAGGGCGCACCGACGACCCACCAACUGUGCCAGACGAGAUACUCGUCUCGCCAACGACGCGUACGACCAGUAAUAGUACCGAUUUGGAACUGGAUCUUCUUAAGUCACCUGCAUUUACUAUCUUGGAUCCAACCGAGCAAGACGCAGUGCUCCAGCUUCCACUGAGUUUCACACCAGGUCGUCCAUGUACACCGGACUUUACCCCGCCGGAGACUAUCUCCUUUUCAGCCACGUCAAGAUUCGUAGGCACCCUCGGUGAGGUCCAACCCAUCCAAGGCAGCACACGAUCAUGGCAGUGGGUGAUGGAUGAGCUGAAAGCUUACCCGAGGGAACUUGCCCGACGGGGAGAGACAAUCUUCAUCCACCGCGACCUGUACCACGACGAGAUGCCACGGCCGAUCCGGAUGGCCUUUGGCGUCUGCUCUUCCUUCUGUCUCAGCCCCGAGACGACGAACCGGGAGAUGGCAUUUCGCGUGAUCGACGCUGAAGUCUCCGAGCUGCUCCAACCCCCCACCGAACCGAGUUUGAGCUCUAGCUCUAAGCUACUUCGAAUAGAGCUCGCGCGGCUCCAGGCACUACUGCUCUACCAGACCCUCCGACUCUUCCAUGGCAACCUGCAGCAGCGGGUUGCGGCCGAGCAACAGGGGUCCAUGCUCAUGACCGCGGCGCUGAAGAUGAUCGUUCGCGCGCAGUCCGAGCCGGAGCUUCAGAGUCCGAGGACCCGCCAUGCUUGGGUCCUCGGCGAGUGCAUCCGACGCACCGCGCUCCUACUUUACUUUCUCUACGGAGUCAACUCGGUGUAUCGAGAAGGUAUCUGCGUGGGACUGCAUACAUUGCGGCAGUUGCCUUUGUCGGCGAAGAUGUCUUCUUGGGGAGAGGAUGAUCAGCGUGCAGUUCAAGAGGACCAAGGGCAUUUGUGCGAUAAUGCAGAGACGCUUCCCUACGAGGCGUUCUUGGCGCGAUGGCUUGUUUCGAUGCCGCGGCGGCUGGAUCGCUUUGAGAAGUUGCUGAUUGUUCCGUGUCAGGGGCUGGAGGCGGCUGAGGCAUUUGAGGGCCUGGGAGGGCUGGUUGUGUAG